AUGACAGACUCCGAGGCUCCAAAGGCCGAGCGCUACUCGACAGAUUUACUGAAAAUACCCGGAAUGGCAUUUGAAAUAACAGAACCGGAUCCUAAGAAAAGGAUAGAGGCCUAUAUUCAAGCAUAUCGAAAUCCAGAGAUGGCCCAUGUGCAGACGUUUGAUCUGGCUUUCAUGCGCGACCACAUCACCGUGGUGAGCGCGUCUACUACACCGGAGAAGACAACAGCCGUGUUCGAGAUGAAGGCGGCGCCGCUCUUCACGAACCGCAUGGGCAACAUGCAUGGCGGAGCCGUGGCCAUGAUCCACGACAUGUGCACGACCAUGGCGGCCGCGCCGCUGGCCAGGAGGGACUUUUGGUGGUUUGGAGGGGUGUCUCGGACGCUGUUGAUCACGUAUCUUCGACCCGUGAGGCAGAAUAUGGAUCUGGUCAUCGAGUGUCAGGUCUUGCAGCAGGGGACACGGUUGUCGACGAUCCGUGGCGAGAUGAGAGACAAGCGGACGGGCCAGUUGCUCUCGGUGGCGGAGCACAACAAGGCCAGCAUCAACUUUGUAGAGGCGAAAUCAAAGAUAUAA